AUGGAGGAAAUUACUGACGGAGUGAACAAGAUGAAAAUUGCGGAAACCCAGAAGAAAAACCGUAUCCAAGUCUCCAAUACAAAGAGGCCGCUUUUCUUCUACAGGUACAUGGAAAACAACGAUGAGGUCGAGCUUUCAGCACUCGGAAUGGCGAUUUCAACCGUCGUCUCGAUUGCUGAAAUUCUGAAGAACAAUGGCUUUGCUGUUGAGAAGAAUGUGGCUUUAGAAGUUAAUAGUAAGAAGAAAGGUAGAGAUAAAGAAAUUAUGCUUGGAAUUACGACAUCUACUGUGGAGAUAAGGGAUGACUCAAGAGGAAGAACUGUCCAAAAAGCCAAGAUUGAGAUCGUACUUGGCAAAACUGCAAACUUUGAUGAACUGAUGGCAGCAGCAAAAGAGGGCCUAGAGAAUGGAGAUGGCGAGGAUUAGUGGUGAUGGUAGUGUCUCUGACUCAUCUGCAGUAUAGUAUUAGUAUGCAAUUUGCAGGCUCUUCAUGUCUCCAUUAGUUGGGUGUCGGUUCUUUGGAUAUAUUGACGAUUUAAUCCAGAAAUUUUUUCAUUUUUAAUUAUUCUUCAAUCAACCGAACUUUUAAUGACAUUGUGUUAUAUGUGAGAUUAUUUCUCAUUUGUGUAAUUUUUUGGUCUGCUAACAUUGGACUUGAUUUAAUUUCUCGAGAGAUUUCUCCGAUUUAAACAA